UGCUACUGGGUGUCAAACUUGAUAAAAAUAGAUAGUGCUGAAAUGAAGACCGCUGCUUGUAAAAGUUCUAAGAGGAAGCGUCCCAGGUCUCUUCCACAAGCUGUUGUCCAAAAGAAGAAUAAGAAGUCUAGCCAACUGAGACUGUCAGUCCCGCAAGCUGGCCAACCCGCCGAGCAAUCUGAAAAUGAUAGUGAAGAGGUUGGUUCAGAAGUUCUAGAAGGUUCCAAGUUAUCGUUGCCUGCUGUUCAUUUUAAAGACAUCAAAAGCUUUGAGGAUUUCAACAUUCUGGUUGAUGGGUUAGUUUUAGAUUCGGAACUUUCAGAAGACAUUCGGAAUAAGUACUACAAACUCUGCUGCAAUCAGAACGCAUUUCUUCAUGACAAUCUUAUCAAGGGAGUUAAUUUUAAGCUGAUUGCUGGAAUCAUUUCAGAAACUGUUAAUAUUGCAGAUGCAAUGAGAGCUUGUACUCUUACCACCUCACGAGAUAAAUUUGCUACUUGGGACAAGGCUUUGAAGGCUUCUGAGCUUUUUGGCAUGAAUGUUGGAUUUUUACGUGCCAGGCUAAGCCGGCUUUUGAGCCUUGCCUUCGAUUCAGAAGGUGCCACAAAAACAAGGAGGUAUCUAGAAGCUAGAUUCGAACGAGUGCUAACAGAAGAUGAGAUAAAAAGUCUUGAAGCAAAGCUUGUGGAAUUGAAGGAAGCCUAUGAAAGGUAUGGUGCUAAUGUUGAAAGGCUCAAGUCGAAAGCUGAAGGCUAUGACCUCAAGUUCCAGGAGCAGGUUCUUGCUCCAUGGUGAUCUAUUCGUGGCAUAUUAUUGUCAGUGCGUUUUCUUUUUUCUCCCUGGUGACACCCCGUGCUUUGUUUGGCUGGAAACAACGUUUGUAAACAUGUAUGUUUUUAUGAUUUAUCAUGUAGACAAUGCUGUGACUUUUGAACGUUUGUAGGAUUUUACUAUACUGGUGGUUUGCGCUGCUGUGGGGUGGCUCAAAUUUCCACUGACGUAAAAAAGGAUGAAUAUGAGAUACAAGUGUUUUUGAAGAA